GGUCUUGCGUUAAAGCUAAAAUAAAGAAACUAGUCUUUAGGAUAUAAGUACUGUGUUGAGAUGGCUUUUGGCUCACUGGUGUACAAUAAUGGUUAAAAAAAAAAACAAUCCUUCCAAGAAAGUGUCAUCUUAGCCGGUCACCUUGUGGACAAAGAUAGCAAGUUGCAGAUGGACGUAGCCGGUUCAGAGGACAUCGAUCUGGAAACAUAUUGGAGCCCAUUAAGUUGUUUUUGCAACGCUUGCUCUACUCCUUCAAAACCUAUCCGGAGCUAGAGGCAAAGAUGACGUCACAAUAUCAACACAUCAUGGUGUGAUCCAGAAGCUCGACGACACGCGUGUGAAGGUAAUGUCUAUCGACAAGACAACAUCUGAUAAAACAGACAAAUCCCAGAUAAGUAUCGAUGUCAAGGUGUUUUCCAAAAUGGUCGACCAGCUGGAAAAGGAUGUAAAAGGACUGCAGGUGAAAACACAUGUCUGAAAGAAAGCCUGGAAGAAAUACUGAGAUAUUCGCGCAGGUGGGACUUUAAGCUUCAAGGAGCUGCUGAGCACGAUGGAGAAAAUGUGAGAGAUGCCACAAUCAAUAUUAUAACAAAAGAUGUCCCUGAUAUUCAAUACAGACUGGAUGCUGUAAUUGACAUUGUGCAUCAACUGGGACAGAUAAGAUCUGAUGAUCACAGAACAUCAUCAUGUGAUUUACUUUGUGAAUCUACAGAGCAGGGGCGUCGCACCCGUGGGGGACCCACACUUUUCCCGAUGAGAGGGUUCAACACCCACACUUUUUCUGCAGUUUUGCACAAACGCCUUACUAUAGCCGCUCCUCCUUGUCUCUGGCCACUCUGUGUCUGCGCUCGCUGCAGCUGCCUCCUCCCCCUCCCUCUCAAACAUCACACCGGCUUUGAGUGUGACCGGCUGAUGAUUGGCUGUUCUACCUUAAGUCCCGCCUCUCUUGGUGUGUUAGAUCGGUUAGCUUGUGCUGAGGAGGCGGGAACUUAUGGUUAUGGUUAUUUGCGUCUCCCUUUUCCAGGUGUGUUUGGUGUUGAUGAAAUGAAGACUGUGUCAGUGAUGGACAGAGAUUCUCUGACUUUACGCACUGCUGUUACUGGAUUACAGAAUGACAAAUCCAAUUUUAUUAAAUGGUAUUUUAAUAACAUCCGUGUAGCUCAAAUCAAUGGAGAUCUCAGUGAGUUCUGUACUGAUGUGAAGUGUCCAGGUGGUUAUAAUGAGACAUUCAGAGACAGACUGAAGAUGAACAAUCAGACUGGAUCUCUCACCAUCAUGAACAUCAGAAUUACAGACUCUGGAGAUUAUCUUCUACGUACCAUCAUCAACAACAACAUCAAUAAGAAGAUAUUCACUGUUACUGUUCAACCUGGAGUGUCUGGUGCUGAAAUGAAGAUAAAGUCGGUGAUUGAAGGAGAUUCUGUCACUCUACACACUGAUGAUACUGUAAAACAGGGAGAUGUUGUGAUAACUUGGUUUUUCAAUGACACUCGUAUAGCUGAAAUGAAUGAAGAUCCCAGUAAGAGCUGUACAGAUGUGACGUGUGAUGAAGGUGCUGAGAGAUUCAGAGACAGACUGAAGAUUGACCAUCAGACUGGAGAUCUCACUAUCACAAACACCAGAACUACAGACUCUGGACUUUAUCAACUAGAGAUCAGCAGCAGUAUCAGCAGCAGCUUCAGCGUAAAGAGCUUCAGUGUUAAUGUCAGCGUAUCAGACAUAACUCCAGAUUCAGGUCGGUCUUCUGGUGAUGUAGGAGGAAUAUGUGUUGCUGUUGGUGUUGUUGUUGUUCUGGUUGUCGGUUUAACUGCUGAUGUGAUUUAUAAUCGCUGUACGAGCUCAAGACAAAGACAAUAUGAAAUCAGGAUGAAGCAAAUAUUCAGGAUGCCAAAGAGCAGAAGAUUCAUUUGAUGAAUGGGGCAGGACAGGAAAAGAGAGACGAUGCCACUGAAUGACUCGACAAUGCACACUAUAAAAUAUGAUAUAAAACCUGCAGUCAAAUCAAGAACAUAAAUUAUAAAUAUUGCCUUUUAAUCUAGUGUUUCUUCUGGAAUUAUUAAAAUCUGAUUUUCUCUUUAAAAUGAUUUUUAAAUCACAAAUCACAUUGUCAUGCCAGGACUUCUUUAUUUUAUGUUUAAAUGUCUAACAUCUGUAUAUAACAGAAGUGUAUUUUUACAUGCGUGUGUAUUUGUAUAUAUAAGUCUUAUUGUGUAUUUUAUAUAUAGAUUUAUACAUUUUCUAUUCACUUUUUAUUUUUAUUCUGUUUGUAUUAUUAUCUCUGUCUUGUUGUUUGUGCACUUUAAACUA